UUUGACAGGGGCCAGAACACCCAGGGACUCAAGUGAACCAUUCGAGAUCCAACACCCAUCCGACACCAAUCUUGUGGUCUGGCAGACAUUCCCUUUCUCCGUCGUUCUGAAAAGACAAAGAUAGGAGUAAUCGAACGCUCGCUCGUCGCCACGGCGGCGUGCGGCCGCGUCAGUCGUCGGUCGUAUCCGUCGUCGACCAGAGCGGAGGGUGCGGGUGGUGCAGCACAAGACGGGUGGUGGGACGCUGAGAUGCUACUGUGUAUUGUGUUUAGCUUGAGUGGUGUUAUAGCCUGUUAUUUGGAAUGGACAGGGCGAUUCAAUGCGCCAUAUUCAAAGUUUCGUGCAAGGUGGUCAUACACCACCGAACUGUCCUCUCGUAUCGGCAUGGCCAUCGUAUAUGGCUCAGUCGUGAUAUGGGUCUCGAUCUUGUACGGGUUAUUUGGAUCCUUCGACCACCCCUACCACAUCGUUACAUACGCUUUCUAUUUUGUCAAUUACACCAAGCGAACGCUUGAAUCCUUCUUUGUUCACCGGUAUUCCAGUUCGAUAUCCAAGGAAGUCGUGGCAUGUCUCACUGCCGCAAACCUUUUCGUUGCAACAUGUUCCUGCUAUUCCAUUUUGUUUACGAAGAGUGUGGAUGAUAGUGAUUGGGUGGUGCUGUUCUUUCCGGUACCGUUGAUGAUUUUUGGAUUAGCAGGGAAUUUCUAUCAUCAUCUGCUGCUUGCAAGACUAAGACCGAAGCAUGGAAAAUACAACGUCCAUAGGCCUUAUCGAAUACCCCGAGGCGGACUAUUCUGGUACACCACAUGUCCGCAUUAUUUUCUCGAGAUUGUGGCAUGGAUAGGAUUUGCGGCAACCGUACAUCGUCCCACCGUGUACGGGCAUGUCGUUUACAUCUGUCUGAAACUCAUGGGUAGAGCUGUGCAGACGAGACUCUGGUAUCUGCGAAAUGUCAGUGGAUACUCUCCUGACCGCACUGCGUUGAUACCCUUUUUAUUGUAACGCGGCAUGACGGAGGGUAUCGGUGUAGAUGUAGGGAUAUCGUUAGCAUGGUAGAUAGACUUGGGAGGUAAUUUAUCGUGGGCAUCCCACUAAUCCGACAUUUCAAAAUAAGUGGAUCAUGUCUUUGCAAAUUCCUUAUUCACUUAUGUUAAUAUUAUAUGUACAGAAGCUAUAUUUUGAAAGAAAGAAAAACGCAAUCCAG